UAGCUGUCAAAUGAGCAAGUCUUGUUUAUCUUCAGUAGACACAUUUAAGGCAGUUUCGCUCUCAGAUUGACACCGUUUUGUAUUUUUAUUGGGCUUAUCUAAUCGAAAUGCGUCGUGCGAACCCGUAUAGCAGCUAACCGCGGACUGGAUUCACUUUACGCCGUGUUUUUUAGUCAAACAUGGAGAAAUUGGAGGGCUACAUCUUCACUGCUCUCUGCAGCACAAACUUCUUGAUCUCCUGCCUGCUGUUCUCCAGAGUCACCCGGGAGCAGAGGGAGCCCUACAUGGACGAGGUCUUCCACGUCCCACAGGCUCAGAAAUACUGCCAAGGACGAUUCAACGAGUGGGAUCCGAUGAUCACCACUCUGCCAGGCCUUUACCUCAUCUCCGUGGGAGUCAUCAAGCCUGUGGUGUGGCUUGCCGACCUGACAGGCGACGUGGUUUGUUCCACUGCCAUGCUGCGCUUCGUCAACCUGCUCUUCAACUGUGGAAAUCUUUACCUCAUGUACCUGCUGAUCUGCAAGCUGCACAUCAGAGAGAAGACGCGAACAAGCUCACGCAGAGUGCUGUCAGCCUUGUCCUUGUCCACCUUCCCUGUUCUCUACUUUUUCAACUUCCUUUACUACACUGAUGCCGGAUCGACUUUCUUCAUCCUCUUCACCUACCUGAUGACGCUCUACGGCUGCCACAAGGCCUCGGCUCUCCUCGGCGUCUGCUCAGUGCUGUUCCGCCAGACCAACAUCAUCUGGGUGGCUUUCUGCGCCGGGACGCUGGUGGCCGCCAGGAUGGACGAGGCCUGGAGGACGGAGCAGACGAAAAAGAAGGACGAGAAGCCUCCGCCGUCCCAGGUCCCUCUGUCAAUCAGCGGAGUGAAGAAAAUUGCGCUUUUCACCCUGGAGUUCCUGACCUCACCCUGUCACGUGAAAGCGGUGCUGCUGGUGGCCUGGCCGUACGCGCUGGUUGGCGGAGGGUUUCUGGCGUUUGUGCUGCUAAACGACGGGAUAGUGGUGGGCGACAGGACGAGCCACGAAGCCUGCCUCAACUUCCCCCAGCUCUUCUACUUCUUCUCCUUCUCGCUCUUCUUCUCCCUCCCCGUCUCGCUGUGUUACCACCGCGUCCUGCGUUUCCUGCAAGCGCUGAAGAAGCAGCCCCUGCUCUUCCUCUUCCUCGCCGCCGUCUCCGUGCUCCUGGUGUGGAAGUUCACUUACGUCCACAAGUACCUGCUGGCGGACAACCGCCACUUCCCCUUCUACGUCUGGAAGAGAGUGUUCCAGAGGCACGAGCUGGUCCGCUUCCUCCUCGUGCCCGCGUACAUCUUCGCAGGAUGGAACUUCCUGGAUACCCUCAAGUCACGUUCCGUCUUCUGGAGCCUGGCCUUCCUGGCGUGCCUCCUGUGCGCCACAGUCCCCCAGAAGCUGCUGGAGUUCCGGUACUUCAUCGUCCCGUACCUGAUGUACCGUCUGCACAUGCCCCUGCCCUCACUGCCCAGACUCAGCGUGGAGUUCAUUCUGUACACGGCGGUGAACGCCGCCACGAUUUACAUCUUCGUCGCCAAGACUUUCCACUGGCCGGACAGCACAGCCACGCAGAGGUUCAUGUGGUGAAAGAAAAAGCCGAUCAAAACUCUCUGGUGUCACAAAUUAGGCCUCAAACGAAAGCAAAGCCCUCCUCACAUCUCGGCGUCGGACAAAAACGCCACACGGUUUCAUCAUUUUUACACUGUGUGAACUUUAAAACAUCAAAUUAGGCUACAGAGAUGAGAAAAGACAAUAAAAAUAUGGAUAGUGCAUUUUUCAUUUUAAAAUGUCUUAAUAUGUAAAAAAAAAAAA